CUUCCGUCUCCAACACACAGCCACUCACUCCCAGCUUCUCUGCCUCCAGCAGCAACAAGAAGACGAAUAGCUAGUUGCAGGCUUGCAGCUGAUCUUUUCUCCUCUUCAUCUUCCAAUGGCUUCUUCUCUUGUUUCUUCCUUGGCGCUUGUCUUCCUUCUUCUAACAAUUUCGGAAGCUCGGGAGAUGCUGGUCGGAGGGAAGGCCGGUGCUUGGAAGAUCCCGAUGUCCGAGGACGAUUCCCUCAAUGCUUGGGCUGCUAGCUCCCGCUUCCGGGUCGGCGACUCCCUCGUGUGGAAGUACGACGGAGAGAAAGACUCGGUGCUGCAGGUGACGAGGGACGGCUACCUCAGCUGCAACACCACUAGCCCAAUCGAGGAGUACAAGGGCGGGAACAACACCGUGAAGCUGGAAAGGUCAGGCCCGCACUACUUCAUCAGCGGUGCUGAGGGACACUGCGAGAAGGGAGAGAAGCUGAUCGUGGUGGUCCUGUCUCAGAAUCACAGGAGGUACACAGGAAUCUCCCCUGCUCCUUCUCCGGCUGAGCUCGAAGGGCCCGCUGUUGCUCCGACGAGCGGUGCCGGGAGCUUGAAGAGGGGUCUUGGAGGUUUGGUGGCAGUUGGGGUUCUGGUGCUGGGCUUCUUGUUCUGAGAAAGGGCUUAGGCUUGGGGGGUUCUAUAUGGCUUGGAGGUGUUGGGAUUGAGAUUACUACUAUUUGAUGAUUCAUUCAUUUGUGAGGGUCUAUACUUAAUUAGACUAAAAUUUUCAUUGAAAUUAAUUAAUUAAUUUAUACUUUAAUAAUUAAUUUUCAGUGAAAGGGCUUAUGCUUGGGGGGUGACUUGGAGGUGUUGGGAUUGAGAUUACUAUUAUUUGAUGAUUCAUUCAUUUGUAAGGGUCUAUACUUAAUUAGACUGAAAUCUUCAUUGAAAUUAA